AUGCAAGGCCCAGACGCAGCUCCUGCUGCCCCAGCUGCCCCUCGUUCAAGGCACAGACGCCGUGGGAGAGGCCCCGCCACUCGGGAUGGCCAACAACAAAACGGACCGACACAGCCUUUGAAUAGCCAAGCCACGGCCCCCGUACAGCAACAGCAAGCUAAUAGUGCUGCUGAUCCCGGUCAGCAGAGCACCCAGCAAGAGCAAUCUCGGCAGCGGAGGCCAAACAAAGAAGGGCGGGGAUCGGGAGCCCGGAGAGGACGUAGCAAUGGAGCUCGACGAGGCGGGCAAGGACAGAACCCCGAGCAAGUCGAUCAAAUAUCACAGCCCCAGUCUCGGGGUAUGAGGGCUCGAGGUUUUGCAGCUCGUUUGACAAGGCCAGAUCAAGAGUCGGUCGACCAGAGCCAGGAACAUGCAGCCGAAGGCGAUGCUGAUGCUAGCCUCCGGGCCGAUGCGCCUGAUUUCGUACCUGGAAUGCCAGCAUCGAGCAUUCAGACUCCUCCUACCACAUCUGCAAAGGGUAAGGCCAAAGCAAGGCCAAAGCCCCCGCCAAAGCCGCCCAAGGUCACAACGAAAUCCAUUGCCGACGAUAUCGCCACCCGCAUUCACGAAGACAUUGCCCAUAAUCUGUAUGAAUGUCCCAUCUGCACUAGUGAGCUAGGUCGGCGAUCGAAGGUCUGGGCUUGUGAACUGUGCUGGACGGUCUUCCACUUGAGCUGUAUCAAGAAGUGGUCCACAAAUGAGGGCGCUGCUGCUGCCCAAAAUCGCCAGGCACAAGAUGGUGAAACAUCUUCGGCUCCCAAGGCCUGGCGUUGUCCCGGUUGCAAUCUCUCUCACGAAAUAUUCCCAUCGACCUACUCCUGUUGGUGUGAGAAGGAGGUGGACCCGAGACCAUUGCCUGGCCUGCCUCCGCACUCCUGCGGACAGACAUGCUCACGGCCUCGGAAAGGCUGCCCCCAUCCAUGUGAUGCCACCUGCCAUGCCGGCCCAUGUGCGCCAUGUACUGCAAUGGGCCCGACACAGGACUGCUUCUGUGGUCGCAAUUCCUCAACUAAGCGGUGUCAAGAUACCGACUAUGAGCGUGGAUGGAGCUGUGGCGAGAUCUGCGGAGACCUUUUGCCCUGUGGCGAACAUUUCUGCCCUCUUCCCUGUCACGAGGGAUUAUGUGGUGCUUGCGAAGUGAAGAUCGAGGGCCGUUGCUACUGUGGUAAGGUGGAGACCGAAAUGCUUUGCAGUUCGAAGGAUGAAGAGAUGGAUAGCACAAUGGUUCGCGAUGAUGGAUCAGAAGAGGAGUGGACGGGCUGCUUCAGUUGUAAUGAUAUCUGCGACCGUCCCUUCGACUGUGGCCUCCACUCUUGCAAAAAGCCAUGCCAUCCGCAGGACUCGCGCCCUGCUCACUGCCCCAAGUCGCCAGACAUCGUCACCCGUUGCCCUUGUGGUAAGACCAAAAUGAGUGAUAUUCCCGGCUUCACUCCUCGCACCUCCUGCGAGGAUCCCAUCCCGAAUUGUAUGGAGCCAUGUGGGAAGAUGCUUGCUUGUGGCCAUUCUUGCGACCAGAUUUGUCAUACUGGCCCCUGCGGAACAUGCAUGCGUCGUGUCCCUAUUUCGUGCCAGUGCGGACGUAACAGCGCCAUGAGUAUCUGUCACCAAGGAAAUAUCAACCCGCCCCAGUGCUUCCGCCAAUGCAAAACUACUCUGCACUGUGGUCGUCACGCUUGUACGGAACGAUGCUGCCCAGGAGAACAAAAGGCCAUUGAAAGACAAGCUCUCCGCCGAAAGCUCAAGUCUCAUCUCCGCCCUACCGAUGAAGAUAUCGAGGCAGAGCACAUUUGCACCCGGAUCUGUGGUCGAUUGCUGAAAUGCGGAAGACAUACAUGCCCGGAGCUCUGCCACAAGGGCGCUUGCAAUACCUGUCGAGAAGCGAUCUUUGAAGAGGUCUCUUGUAAUUGCGGACGAUCUAUUUUAUAUCCGCCGCAGCCAUGUGGCACAAAGCCGCCUGCAUGCUCAUUCCCCUGUGGACGGCCCAAGACGUGUGGACAUCCGCAAACUGCGCAUAACUGCCACACGGAUGAGGAAAAUUGUCCCAAGUGUCCGUUCCUGACUGAGAAGGAAUGUCUGUGUGGCAAGCGGGUGAUGAAAAAUGUACCUUGCUGGCUAACAGAUGCCCGCUGUGGUCAAGUUUGUGGCGCACUUCUGAAGUGUGGUUCUCAUUACUGUAAAAAGGAUUGCCAUCGACCAGGUGAAUGCGAAGACGCGGAUAGGCCUUGUCAGCAGGCAUGUGGAAAGACCAAGACGUUGUGUGGUCAUCCUUGCGCCGAGCAGUGCCAUGCUCCAUACUCGUGUCCAGAGAAGACGCCUUGCUCGUCCACGCUUACAGUAACAUGUAGCUGUGGACGACUACGACAGGAGAGACGUUGUGGCGCCGCCAAGGCUGUUACUUCCAAGGGCCAGCUUCAACAGCCAGAGCGCUUGCCAUCGCUUACUCCAUUGACCUGCGACGAUGAGUGCUCCCGUCUAGAGCGGAACCGUUCUCUAGCAUCUGCACUUGGCGUCGACAUCGACAAGACGACCACUGUGCAAGCUUUCACCGCGUCUAACCUCCCCUACUCAACCGAGACACUCGAUCAGUACAUCAAACUAGCCUCCACAGUUCCCCUCUCGACUCUCCAAACCUACGAGUCGAGUCUGCACUCUCUGGCAACCGAUACCACGAAUCGUUCAUUCCGCUUCCAACCUGCAAAGUCAACUCUCCGCGCCUACGCCCACUCUCUCGCAACAGAUUGGGGCUUCGUGACUGAAAGCCAUGACCCCGAACCACACCGUCACGUCUUCGUCCUCAAGCCCUUAGCCUGGACAUCCCCAGUAUUUGGCAUGGGCAGCGGCACAUCCAUCGGCAUUGGCGGCGUGAGCGUACGCGAAUGCGUCAAGCUCCGCGAGCGCGAACGCACCAAAGAACGCGAUGCUCAACGCGCAGCUGCACUUGAAGCCAAAGCCGCUCGCGACGCUGCGAAAUCGCAAACAGGUGCCGAUGGCUGGGCUCAAGUUGCUUCUCGGGGCAAGAAGUCUGGGGCAGAUAGUAGCACGGCGAGCACCCGGAGCACUACACCUGUCCAGAAUUUGUUCCAGAGCCGGUCUAUUUAUUCUGCUCUUGCGGGUGGUAAAAUGCCUGAUAUGUCAAGUCAGUCAUCUAAGAAGGAGCGCCUGGUUCUUCGUUCGGGUGUUGGUGCGAGCAAGGCGCUGCGUACUCAAUCCUCAGCUGAGGUUGUUGAUAGCUGGGAGGAAGCCGAGGAGAAAGAAGAGCAGGCCGAGCAGGCAGAACAGGAGCAAGGCAAGACUUCCGUUGAGGUUGAGGCACAGCCAGAGACUGCGGAGGCUGCUGUUCAGGCAGUUGAUCAGCCUGCGGAAACCGAGAUGAUCAACAAUCCAGCCCCCGAUAUUGCUGAUGGUGAUUCCGAACAUGUUUGA